CCACAUUGUUCCUGAGACAUCCCUACAUACGCAUCAGUCUCAGCUAUCGCGAAAAGAAGGAUUCCCGCAUUCCGUAAGGAUUCUCAGUAAGAUGACAUCUCUAUGAUUAUCUUUAACUUUGCCCAUUAUCCCAUUCAUUCGAUCAGGUGGUGCGAUUGGUAUCGCACCCUUGUAUAUCUCGGCAGGGAUCCGGCUUGGUGAGAUGAUUGUCCAAUGGCGAUCCUUGCAGCUGGAUUCCUCUGGGUGCCUCAUCCCUUGGCAUAUCGUUCCUGUAAGGCAUAAGAACAUUUGCAGCUGCACUCAGAUGCGCACGCGAUAAUGCAAGUCAUUCGUUUCCGAGCAUUGGAAAAACAAAGCUCAUCAUGUCGGCUUUCGUGACGACUACGUUUGCGCCAGAUCCGGCGUGUAUCGCGACCGACCAUAUCUGGUUGAGAUCGCAGGACUGCUACUCUCUACCGUUCGGCGAUUCGCCGACGCGAGAGGCGUGUACUUAUUUCCAGCAUGGCCACCAGCAAGCAAGGGAAACAAACGGGGACUUCAUCUCGGAUUCUUGCCUCCCGUAUUGGGGAGACCGCGCAACUGUCUAUACGGAUUGUCCUUCGGGAUACAACGCAGUAGUGGAGACAAGCACAAGAAAUUCAUUUCAUACCGUAUUCGAGAAGCAGUGCUGUCCAUCGGCCUUUGAGUAUUCAUACAAUGUUUUCGGCACUUUCACGACUGAGACGGAUGGCGUGCAGCAAACAUGGUCGCUCUACGACGUCCCAAAGUGCGUAUCCACGCGCAUAGAAGAGGUGCACACAGAAGUCAUCACCGUGACAUUGGGCGAGCACAACAACAACGAGCCCACCGCGACGACUACCACGGAGAUCAAAGACGGAAACCUCGUCUUCGCGGAGGCCGUCGGCGUCAUUGGGCCAACCGUCUAUGGCGGCGGAUACUCAGAAUGCUGGGACCGAUGUCCAUAUUCGUACGAGCCAACUCCAACUUUUGAGGAGAAAUUCGAGACUGCUCCUGCUGUGACGCAGUUCUCCGCCCCGUCGCAUUGUCUUGAUCCGGAGAAUAAGUGGAUCGUGACAACUAGCUGCUAUAUCACCGAUGCCCAGUAUACGCCAGAUUGGCUGACGUGCUCCGUGACGCAUUUCGGAGCACCGAAUUGGGACAAUGAUGAAUGCUAUCAGAAUCGAGUGUUGUAUGACAGCCCUUCUGUUGUCGUGGAGGGCACGACUUCAUGGUACAGCGGAUGCCCAUCGGGAUAUACCAUCGCGAGCUCGACCAUCCGCCCUUUCAGCGAUGAGUAUCGCCACCCAAUUGGCUACUUCGACGUCACGACUCACCUUGGCUUGUGCUGUCCUACCGCCUACAAAUUCCAAGAAGGCGAAGUCAAGCAAACCGAAACUGUCCACGAUGGCGCGACCUACGGACUAUUCGUGUACGCACCGCCACGCUGCUACGCAACUUCGAUCGAGCCGCUCUCCGGCAAAGAAGUCGUCCUCAGCCAGUGGUCGAACACACAGGCCUGGGACAAGCGCGACGAGGACGGCGGUCCCACGACCGUCACGUGGAACUUCGAGCACGACACUAUGUACGCCAUGGCGGAGCAGUUCAGCUACGAAGUGUUCAAGGGCACGCAUACGUGCUAUUCGCCCUCGUACACCUUGUGCUCGAGCUGGCUUUCGUAUUACUAUCCCGAUGGCGUGGGUGGGGAGACGCCUGACGGGUGGACGAGUCCUGUGGCGACGAUUACGUCGGCGGAAGAAGAGAGUGGUGGGUUUUCUAGCCAUGAUAGCUCUUCGUCUCCGUUUCCGUUAGAGACUGGUGAAGGGACGUUGACUGACAAUAUGCCAGGAUCAGGAAGCAGAAGUGCGGGAGGAGGUAGUCAGACGGGUGGUGCCGGUGGUAGCAGUAACGGUGGCAGCGGUGCAAGUCUUGGAAGUGCACAGGGGCCUCAAGAAACCGGCAAUCCGCCCAGCGCUGCGGGAAGAGCAUAUGGAGCUGGUUCGAUAGGUUUGACAAUUCUGAUGACUGCUUUGGCGAUGGCCAAUGCCAUAUGGUAGUGGUUUGAUGAUUUCCCUCAUGUUUUUUCUUCUUCUGCUAAUGCUUUGGCCGGGAAUACCACAAUGUCUGUAAUGAGUAUCAAUAAGUAACGUCCAUAAUGGUUAUCGAAAUGUAUCAUGUUACCCUGCAUA